AGAUGGAUGCCAGAGACAAGCAGCUUCUGCGCUCCCUGCGCCUGGAGCUCUGCACAGAGGUGCUCGUCGAUGGACUCGUUAUUCAGUAUCUCUACCAAGAAGGGAUUCUCACAGACAGUCAUGUUCAAGAAAUAAAAUCCCAGACCACCAGCCAAAGGAAAACCAUGAUGCUCCUUGAUAUUCUUCCUACUAGAGGACCCAAGGCAUUUGAUGUAUUCUUGGAUUCCUUGCAGGAGUUCCCAUGGGUUAAAGACAAGCUGAAGGCCAAGCGGAAGGAAAUGACAGUAGAGGAUCCUGCAGGGGACAAUGUAACUGAAAUCGCACCGUCUAUUCUGAAGAGUUCUCCCACCGAUCAGCAGAUGAACAAGCUCGCGAGGAGCCUGGGGCCCGAGUGGGAGCACGUUGUUCUGUGCCUGGGGCUGUCGCACGCCGACGUCUAUCGCUGCAAGGUCAACCACCCGCACAACGUGCAGUCGCAGAUCGUGGCGGCGCUGGUGCUGUGGAGGCAGCGCUUUGGGCACAGGGCUACCAUCCAAAGGCUGCAAGCCAGCCUGAGGGCAGAAGAGGUGGAUCCUUCUGCCAUACAGCACAUGCUUGAGUGA